AAACACGCAUGGCCGUAUGUCCAGAGCAAAACAUGCGGCGGAGUACUGCAUGAAUACUUUUCAAAACAAACAGCCUUUUCCAUCCGCAUGCUGGUGAAAGAAGAGUAUCGUCACGCGGAUCAGAUCACAAACAGACCUUGCUGACUGAAAAAGUGCAGAUCUUCCCGGGACUACAAAUUCCUUAAACAGCCAGUAUCAGAAUUAGAGCUUUCAGAUUGAGUGGAAAACCUUAGGCAUCCGUUUGUCCUCUCCCUUCUCACCCGUCUUCCUGGCUGGGGUGAGAACAAGGGGGUCCAUGGAGAGAGCUGUAAAUGGCUGAGGAGCUGUGUACAGGCUGGUUUCGGAUCGUUGCAGGUACAAUAGGCUCCUUGGAGAUAGAGGAAUGCAAAUCUGCAACCAUGAUGGAAGGAUUGAAAAAACGUACCAGGAAGGCCUUUGGGAUACGGAAGAAAGAGAAGGACAAUGACUCUACCGGGUCCCCAGACAGAGAUGGGGGUUCUCAGAAGAAGACCAACGGGGCCCCAAAUGGCUUCUAUGGAGAUAUUGACUGGGACAGAUAUAACUCCCCUGAGGUGGAUGAUGAGGGCUACAGCAUCAGACCUGAUGAGUCAGAAGAGGGAGAGCCUACAACCAAAAAGUCCCACUUCUUUUCCUCUGAUGAGUCAGAGGGGGAGGAGGACCACAGGAAAAAAUUCAAAAUAAAGAUCAAGCCGCUGCCGGCCGAUUGCGUGUCAUCAGUGCCCUCGGUCGACGAGCUCAAAGCCUCCAUAGGCAACAUAGCCCUGUCCCCGUCUCCUCUGAGACGAAGCCCGGGUUUGAAAAGGAACACAUCCAGUGAGGAGAUUGCCAGACCGAGACGUGUCGUCCCGACUGUACCCACUGUGGCCCCUACACCAGUCCCAGCACCACAAGCCCCAGUACCACAAGCCCCCAGCAGUCAACAAACACCAGUCUCUGAAGACACCACAGCCUUAUUUGGGCCUCCUCUGGAAACAACCUUUGGAGAACCGAAAACUGAAGUGGUUCUCUCUGAGUCCGAUGCUUGGGCAACUCCUCUGUCUGAGCCCGAGUCAUCUUCGACAAGAUCCUUCCCCACAGGAACUCCACCUCCGCUUCCACCCAAGAAUGUCCCAACCUCCCCCCCUUCGACUGGCCCUGCCUCUGCAGAUGAUGUGUCAACAGAAGCAAACGGCUCCACCAGGAAGCCCUCAAUAGCUGAUCUGGACAACAUUUUUGGACCAGAACAGGCUCCCCCUGCUGGCGAGGAUACAGGUGACAAGUGGGUCUGCUUCAGUGAAGAAUCUGCUGACCGGCCACCUCUGCCAGAGGAACCGGCUCCUCCACUACCAGCCUCCCCGCCUCCACCUGAAUCUCCUGCCCCACCCUUACCUACAUCACCACCUCCUCCAGAAGACCCUGCGCCACCUCUCCCUACCUCCCUUUCCCCAAAAGAAGAUUGUGUGCCCCCUCUACCAACCUCCCCACCUCCCACAGAGGGGCCUGCUGCACCUCCUGUCACCUCAGGUCCUCUGUCACCUGAGGACCAAAACUCUCUCACAAUCGCCACCUCUCCACCCCCUGCACCACCAAAGGAUCUUGCGUCUCCGCCUGCUUCCUCUCCCCCUCCUCUUGAGUCACUCACCAGCGUUCCACCAGCCCCUGCUCCCAAAGCAAGAACCCCUCCAACUGUGACUCCGCCUGCUGAGGAACCUGCAUCACGCUCCGUCCCUCCACCUCUUGUCCUGUCUCAAGAGGAGCAGCCCAAGAACACAGAAGCCACCCAACCCAAAGAGGACACGUGUGAAACUGUCACCUCACCCAAUGAUGCUAGCCAGGGGAGCCGAAGUACGCCUCCCCCACCUCCUCCCCCGACAUACCGGGCAGUGGUGUCGUCACCAGGUCCCACAUCUGGAGCUGGUGAUACAAAUAGUGGCUCCUCCUCUCCAGUGCGACCAACCACUCCUUCAUCAGUCAACCCCACCCCACCACCACCUCCGCCUCGCCCUCCUUCACGACCCAAACUUCCUCCAGGAAAACCCACCAUAGGAGAUGCAAAUCGUCCAUUCAGCCCACCGGUCCACUCUGCCAGCCCCCCUCCCAUUGCCCCAUUGGCACGGGCAGAGAGCACCUCCUCCAUCUCCUCCACCAACUCCCUGAGUGCUGCCACCACCCCCACCGUCGGUAAAGAGCUCUCCGUGUCCGUGUCAGAGAAUGACCAGCCAUCCCUUGUAUGGUUUGACAGAGGGAAGUUUUAUUUAACCUUUGAAGGCUGCUCCAGAGGGCCCAGUCCUCUCACCAUGGGAGCUCAGGACACUCUUCCUGUGGCUGCUGCGUUCACAGAGACAGUCAACGCCUUCUUUAAAGGAGCUGAUCCCAGCAAGUGUGUUGUGAAGAUCAUAGGUGAGAUGGUUUUGUCGUUUCCGGCGGGAAUCACGCGGCACUUUGCCAAUAACCCGUCCCCCGCCGUGCUAACCUUCAGCAUAACCAACUACAGCCGACUGGAGCAUGUGUUGCCUAACCCCCAGCUCCUCUGCUGCGACACCACCACACAAGCCAAGGCCAAUGCCAAGGACUUCUGGGUGAACAUGCCAAACCUGAUAUCCCAUUUAAAGAAGGUGGCAGAGCAGAAGCCACAGGCAACAUACUACAACGUGGACAUGCUCAAGUAUCAGGUAUCGGCAGAGGGGCUCCAGUCGAUUCCUCUGAAUCUAGCAGUGAGCUGGAGAUGUGAGCCCACCAGCACUGACCUGAGGAUAGACUACAAAUACAAUGGCGAGGCCAUGACGACGCCGAUGGCCCUCAACAACGUCCAGUUCCUCGUCCCUGUCGACGGGGGGGUUUCAAAACUACAGGCUGUCUUACCUCCUGCUGCAUGGAAUGCCGAGCAGCAAAGAAUCCUUUGGAAGAUUCCUGAUAUCUCACAGAAAUCUGAAAAUGGAGGUGUGGGAUCGUUGUUAGCACGCUUUCAGCUAACAGAAGGCCCCAGUAAACCGGCUCCACUGGCGGUGCAGUUCACCAGUGAGGGCAGCACCCUGUCAGGCUGUGACAUUGAACUGGCUGGGCCAGGAUACCGCUUCUCUCUCAUCAAGAAGAGGUUUGCCGCAGGAAAGUACCUGGCCGACAACUAACCCAAGCUACUGAGAACAGCACUGAACAAAACAAUGAAGUGGACUGAGGUUGACACCGAGGACAGAGGACAAACCAACACCAGACAGACUUUCCAUUAUCCUUUUCUGAACCCACAUGACAGGUCCGCAGCCUACCCAGCAGUAUUGUAUAACUUGCAUAUAGCAUCGUGGAGCUGUUUUAGGUCAUGUAAUUAUCGUAUUUGUAUUCAUUUCAUGACAUCUGUAUUGCUGCAGUUAGACACCUGGGUUCCUUCUCCCUCUAAAGUCUGUGCCUCUGUCUCCAUCCUCCUCUGGUCAGUGUGUGGUGGUGUUUUUCUAAAGUUUCACUGCAGCUGCCUGACCGAAGACAUGGACAGGAAGUGUUUUCUGCCGGGUUUGAACUCUGGACGACAUGCUGUUUGUUGUUUAGAGUCCAGACAGAUUUGGCUGUGAAAAGGUACCUUUGAAUAAGAUCUUUGCGGUCCGACACGCAACUCAACCUCUGACACGUCCAGAAUUAAACCAGUUAAAGUUGAAGCAUGGCCCAGGACAAUUCAUUGCAAGUUAUACAUCAUUAGCAGAUAAAAAAAAAAUAGUCCGCUCCAUGUCAGGGCUCGAAACCCGAGAGAGCUGUCAUCGCCGUCUCGCACUGACAGCGACCAUUUGCCAGCAAGUAGAUGCAUUUACCGAUAUGUUUUGACAUGUUUGUUGUCACAAAUAGUUAAAUGAAAGAUGUUUCUCAUCUGUGCUCGUUUGAGAUCGGAUGAAACGCAGGAUGAAGUAACUACAAACAGAAACUCGAGUUUCACACAUCACCUACUGGUAAUACAGGGUCACAUGACUUUGGAUCACAUCCUUUUUAAUAUAAAUGCACUGAUCAGUCAAUCAAACUGUUAUUUUAUUUCUCUGGAACACACAGACAUGAAGAGGUUUUUGCCAGUUAGGCAGCUGCAAUGAUAAGUCAAUGUACUGGUUGCAAAGUAAGAAAAUAUGUUUUCCCGUCAGAACAAAAGAAGUGUACAAAGUGUCAUUUUAAAUCAAUAAUAUAUAUCUUAAAGGGCGUUUGGUGUUUUCCUCGUAUUGUCAGAUAGCCUUUCUGUUGUUCCCAGGACAGCAGCGAUAGACUCCAGAGUACAUGACAACAUUCUAUUUUUAUUUAUUGAUGACGAUGAUUUGUUGUAUAAAACAUGUGAUUCUGUAUACGAAUAGAGUUUGAAUGGUAUCACACAACUCAGAACCCUUAAAGGUAUAAACAUUUGAAUUCUCUCGCUCAUGUUUUUGUUAUCUGUGUAGUUGGGUAACCUGUGUACAGUAUAAGGUAUAAUUUUUGAAUUUAUUUCAGAUAUAAUUUUUUAACUCAAGUGCAACAGAAGAUUUGAGCUAUAUAUGGGUGGGGGGUUAAUUUAAAGAAAAAGAGAAAUAUCUUCCUGGAUGCUGUGUUAUGCUUUGUGAAAGCAGUGUUAAUGUAGAGUUAGUUAUUCCAUGGGCAAGGUCCACACUUUGAAGAGUCAGUUUGACAUUCUGGGAAGUGGGCUUCUUAGUUUCCUGUAGUCAAGAGUUAGAGGAAACGAUCGGUCCCACUCUUAUAUCUGUUUGAGGCUGGAGUCAGGAGAUGGUUAGCUCAGCAUAAAGACACAGCUAGCCUGCCUCUGUCGCAGGGUAAGAAAUCAGCACUUUACUCAUUAACUCCUUAUACCUUGUUUGUUUAAUCUGUACAAAAAAGUUGUUGCAGGGGAUUUAUGAGAUUUAACAUGUUAAUUUUUGAGAUGUACAUUUGCCAGUUGACAGAUUUUUAAUCAUGGCAGCAGCAGUGCAGGUCAGUUGAUUCACCACUUUAGAGUCCAGACUGACAUAUCUCAGCGGAUAGUGGAUGGACUCCUGGAAAUCUUGUACAGGAAUUGAUGUUCCCCACAGGACAAGUCCCACUGACAGGUGAUCUCUCGUUCCUCUAGCACCACCAGCAGGUUAGCAUUUGUGGUUCUGAGUGAGACGUCUCAGCGAUAAUUGGAUGAGAUGCCAUAAGCAGCGGUGCAGACAUUAAUGUCCCUCACGCUGAAGAUGAAAUCAUCAAAAUGUAUUUGUCCAUGUUUUGGCUUGUUACUACCUGCAAGACAAACGGUGUUUCCACUUGUUUACUUUUGGACAGAGCGAAGCUUACCUUUCCCCCUGUGACCAACUUUUUAUGCUAAGCUAAGCUAACCAUCCUGUGGCUCCAGCCUAACAUUUACCAGGCAGACAUGAAAGUGGCAUCAAUCUUUGUAUCUUAUUCUUGGCAAGAAAGUGAGUCAGCGUAUUUCCAAAACUGUAACUUUUCUUUUUGAUAAGGUCAAGACAAUGACAACAAAUGCAAUCAGUUUUCCUCAACAGCAGUGACGGAGUUUGGUGAUGGUGGUAUCACUACUGGAACAGGAUUUGUUUAUUAAGACCAGCUUCUUUUUUUUCCUUCAAAUCUCAUAAAAAAAAAAAAAAAAAGAAAACACUCUUGUAUGAAUCCUGCAUUCUCAGUUCCCACAUACCGGUUCAGUUAUUCCUCAACUUGGACCACGUGUCUGACCUGUUCUCGUUCCUCUCACCUCAGUGGAACCUAAACUCCCUGAUUGUAUCAUGAGCACACCCCGAUCAUCCAGCCACCGCUUGAAUCCAUGGCUUUACUUUGCAUAAUCGUAAUGGUCUCUGUGAGAUGACAUGAGUUGAAUGAGGUUGUGAAGCAAGGUUAAGUUGACCAAAAUGCUUUUGUUCUCUCUUUUUGUAUUUUAUGUGUGUGUACCCCGGACAGUCAGUCCCCUGUUAAGGAGAAUAAGCUGAAUAUUUUUAAAACAGAUAAAAGUGAAAAAAUAUUAUAUUGUUUAAUGUGUUUAAAAAAUGCGAAAAAAAAACCACUGUGCUGAUGAUGUUGAACUUCCUGAACGCUCUGACACUCAACAUGAAGAACGGAAAGUGUGUGUGUGUGACGUGUAGCAGAUGAUCUCUGUACUGUACUCUAUGUUGGCAUCCUGCUAAAUGCAACCAAUCGUGGUCCUUUCAGAGCUGUGGUAGAAGUAACUUCGGCUGAGUUUAGGACAAGAGGACUGUUCGAAACACGUCGAUACUCCUAUUCAGUGAAAGAGCACUUUUGAUCGAACAUAGUUUUGUGGUUAUUUGGCUCAUAAAAAGAUCAUGUGAGCUGUACGUUUAAAAAUCUUGUUUUUGACCAGACUUGCAGUUAUUCCCGUGCAGGCUCAGUCUAAACGAGCACUGUGGAUCAGUCUGCGAUCCCAUUUCAUUUGUCAAUGCAACGUGAUGAUGAUUGGUGCCAUUUAGCGUGCAAAUUAGUUUGGUAACAUUUUCUCUCAGUCAUGUUAGUCCUUCAUCUAGUCGACUGGAUAGAUCAUGGCUGACAGGAAGUGGAACCCUCUGAGUGAACCUUGAGGCUACCAGUGCAACAGUCACUACAGCAUUAUCUACAGAGGCCCACCAUACACAUCCCCCAUCUUGUCACUGUUUCAAAUAGCCACUACGUUACAGGUCUUUCAGCCUGAAAGUCAUGUUGCCGUGCAAAACUCAUUGUCGGUCUGUUAGUUGGCAGGUUAUUCUUUGCAUCUCAUUAAAAGACGGAACAAAACAUGAAUUUUCCAGAUACUCAUCUCUGUGGUGAAUUUGUCCUGCAGUAAUUCAUUAUUGCAUGCAAAGCAUGCAGUAAAAGGUGGGGCACCUGUGAUCAUAGAUACUACUGAAAUGACGUGUUGUGCUGAGUGUUACCUGUAUUAAUGUUGAGGAGAGAGCAGGGAGUGUGUUUAUGUGUGCUAUACGCCAGAAUGCUUUUUGGUUCCGUACCGUUAACCUCAAACACAUGUGCAAGCUGUUUGUACAGUACAUAACAAUGCUAAGAUGAACUGAGAAACUUAGUUUGCUUCUUUCCAAAACCAAUAAAAGUUAUAACUGGA